AUGUCUACGACUAAGGAAGUUGAUGAGGCUGUGAUGUCCUAUGCGGACCACGACUGUGGCACUUCUAAACCCGUGUGGUUGCUUGCUCGUCUCAAGGGCGAACCCAUCGAUCUCAAUGAUGUCGCAAAGGUCUACUUCCAGCAAUCUCUUCAAUACGAUCAGAGCCAGCUGGAGCGUGAUUCGGUCAAGGUCCGGAGAAAAUUCGAUUUCAUUGUUCUGCCAAUGAUGAUGACAACUUAUAUGCUGAGUUUUCUUGACAAACAGACCCUGAACUACUCCAACGCCUAUGGCCUGCAAAAGGACACGCACAUGGUUGGUAACCAGUACUCAUGGGUCUCGUCUGCAUUAUAUUUCGGUUGGCUUGUGGGAGCAUAUCCGUGGCAAUUUCUCCUGCAACGAUAUCCUAUAGGCAGGCUGAUCGGAAUUAUGCUGUUCAUUUGGGGCGGGGCUGCGGUAUUCAACUUCUCGGGAUUUUUCGCUAUUCGAUUUUUCCUUGGGAUGUUAGAAGCCGUGAUUUCUCCCGCAUUUAUCAUUCUGACAUCAAUGCUUUGGACGCGUGAGGAGCAAAGUCUCCGUACCUCAUUUUGGCUGUCGGUUAAUGGAAUUUCCUCGAUUUUGGGCGCCCUGCUUGCAUAUGGUGCAGGCCAUGCCACAGGACUAAGAAUCCCCCAGUGGAAGCUUAUUUACUUGAUCGUUGGCGCAUUGACAUUUGCCUGGGGUUUUGUUAUCUACCUGUACUUACCCGAUGGUCCUCACAACGCCAAAAUGUUGACCGAAUACGAGAAGGUCGUUGCAGUAUGGCGGAUCUCGCGCAAUCAAACUGGGUUAAAGAACUUCAAGACUGUGCCCGCACAGAUUAAGGAGGCACUCCUUGACGCAAAAGCAUGGCUAUUGUUCUUAAUGGCCAUUUGCUAUGGCAUCCUCAACGGCGGUGUAACUAACUUCUUGUCCGCUAUUAUUGAAGGCUUUGGUUAUGAUGCUUUGCGUACGAGCCUCUUGCAAACUCCCGUCGGCGCUUUUGAACUAGUCAUGGUCAUCGCCUUUGGGUAUUUGUCCAAAUUGCCAAACAUGAUUGGUGUCACGAUUCUCAUAUCUUGCAUUCCUGGACUGGCAGGUCUUAUUGGCAUUCUCAAGAUCAGCAUGAGCCAUCGAUACGCGCUUGUCGGAAUGUGUUGGAUGCAAGGUAUUCUAGGGUCCCCAGUUGUUCUGAAUUGGACACUCCCAGGUCUCAACACUGCCGGUCACACGAAGCGAAGCACUGUUCUUGGAAUAUAUUUUGUGUUGUACUGCGCUGGAAAUAUUGCCGGCCCGCACCUUUUCCUUGCCAACGAAGCCCCGAGAUACCCAACGGCUAUAAGGGGUCUGGCUGGCGCAUACGCCGGUGCAAUGGGGUUGCAGAUUAUCUACACUGGUUAUUGCUAUAUUGAAAACCGUAACAAGCAGAAGAAGGGUCUCCUGGAUGGAACCAACUUCGCCGAGGAGGCCAUGGAAAGCUUCGAGGACUUGACAGACAAGCAGAAUAAGCAUUUCAGAUACCGUCUUUAG